AUGGAGACCCACUCAAGACGCACUCCCACCACACAUAACACAGUCAACAGGAUAGGCACUGUUGCAUACUAUGCCCUCAUCUCACGGCUCGUCAUCUGGGCCCUUGCAGCGGUCUCCCAUGCCCUCAUUCAGGACUACGACUCGGCCCUUGAAUUAAUCCUCCCUAUCGAAACCAUCGGCCAGCAGCUGUUCAAGAGCAUCUUUGGCGUCUUUCUCCGCUGGGACGCCUUUUACUUUGUGCACAUUACCGAGAAGGGAUAUGUCUUUGAGCAGGCCCAUGCUUUCUUCCCCUUGGUCCCGGCCUUGACUCGACUUGUCGCCAACACUGCCCUGGCACCCUUUAGCUUCGCGCUUGACUACAAGCAGCAAUUAGUUCUCGCCGGUGUCAUCGUCGCGAACGCAUCCUUCAUUGCCGCUGCCGUGCAGCUUUACAGACUUACAAAGGAGCUCUUUGGACGCGAACCGUUUGCAUUCCUCACAGCAAUGCUCUAUGUCCUCACGCCCUCCGGCAUCUUUAUGUCUGCAAUCUAUACUGAGAGUACAUUCGCGGCCCUGUCCUUCACGGGCAUGCUUUUUGCUGCCAGAAAGCAGUACUUGCUGGCUGCAAUUGCUUGGUCCAUCAGUUGCACAGCUCGGUCGAACGGUAUCCUCUAUGCCGGCUUUAUCAUCUACGACCUUGUUGUUCGCAUGGACUUCAGCAAGCCACUGUUCCACAAGGUCUUUGUGCUGGUGAAGGCUGGCUUUCUCUGCCUGAUCACAUGGACCGGAUUUGUCGCAGUUCAAUUCUACGGUUACUCCCUGUACUGCACGGACGCUUCGAAUAUUGAUGCGAGACCUUGGUGCAACGCCAACAUUCCCUUGAUAUAUACCUUUGUCCAGGACUUUUACUGGAAUGUUGGGUUCCUCCGGUACUACGAGGUCAAGCAGAUACCCAACUUUUUGAUGGCUGCUCCCAUGAUCAUUCUCUCAGCUUCUGGAAUCAUGUACUAUGUCCUGUUCGAUAGCCAUCGUGCCAUUACCCUCGGUCGCUCAUCAACGCCUGCAACGAGCGACAAGGCUACUCUUCCUUUCAUGAGUCUUGCGGCGUUCCCUCAUAUUGUUCUUUGGGGAGUCCUCCUCCUCUCCAACAUCACCACGAUGCAUAUCCAGAUCAUUACACGCGCAUUUUCGUGUCUGCCACCAGUGUACUGGUUCGCAGCCCAUCAAUUCGAAGGGGAGGAGGCGUUAGGAGGUGGCAGGACAAAGACUGUUACCACGUUCUUUGUGAUGUAUGGCUUGAUCGGUAUUAUUCUCUUUGCCAACUUUUUCCCACCUGCGUAG